CGUCCCGGGGCCAAAAAGGAAAAAAGAAAAAGGGGAGCGAGAGCGAAGAGAGAAUGAGCAGCUCGUGAAGACAUUUGCCCGCACCACAGCAAUCGCUAUGAAUUUUGGCCCCUCGUCGAUCGCCGGCACCAAUCGAAGCCAAAGCAGAAGCAGGAGGUAACCGCCCUGAGGAGGAGGAGAUAGAACAAGGGUAUCGACGCAUCCAAACUUGAGCCAGAGCCGGAGGAACGGCCAUACUGAUUUCGAUUCUUCUUGCCGUCUCUGGCUAGUCCGUGUCCGUGAUUCGUCUCCUCCUCCUCCUCCUCCUCGCUGUUUAUGCUCACGAAUUUCGCUCUUAGCUUUCGGAUGACAGAUUGCUCAAACGUGUUCCUAAGGAAGGGCUGGCGUUCUUGGUAAGGGGGGAAGGAAAUGAUAGAGAAUGAGUCUUGUUUGACCAGAAGAACAUUGAGGAGCUCCCUUGAGCAAGAAUCCGAGUGGGCUUACAUGACCUACCAGCUCCUUGAGAUUAAAACCAACAAACGCCCGCCGUCCGUGGAAUCCUUAGAGCUACAAGAAGCUAAAGUGAAACGGGAAAGAUCCACUGAGCCUCCUCCCUUUAGGGAAGAGACAACAUUGCCUCUUGAUGAAUCCAGUUGCCCUAUUGGUGGCGGUGGUGGUGGUGAUGAUGAUGGUUUCUCUGAUACAACUUCUCUCAUUAGUCAAAUUGGUCGUGAUAUUUCUAUCAAGUGCCUCCUUCAUUGCUCCAGAUCAAACUAUGGCAUCCUUGCUUCCUUGAACCGAGCUUUUAACUCUCUCAUACGAACCGGCGAGCUCUACAAGCUGAGGAGGCAGGCGGGCAUCAUUGAACAUUGGGUAUAUUUCUCUUGCAACAUACUUGAAUGGGAAGCAUAUGAUCCUUAUUGUAGCAGAUGGAUUUCUUUGCCAAGAAUGCCUCCUAAUGAUUUCUUCAUGCGCUCUGAUAAGGAAUCGUUGGCCGUCGGCACAGAGCUCCUUGUUUUUGGAAGAGACUACACAUCUCGUAUUUCUCAUAUCGUGCUGAGGUAUAGCAUUUUGACAAAUUCUUGGUCCCAAGGUGUUGAGAUGAACUCCCCUAGGUGUCUGUUUGGAUCUGCCAGUUUCGGAGAGAGAGCUAUCGUAGCCGGUGGCAUAGAUGCCCGAGGAAAUAUAUUGAAUUCUGCAGAACUCUACAAUUCCGAUACACAAACUUGGGUUAGUCUUCCUAGCAUGAAUAAACCGAGGAAGAUGUGUUCGGGUGUGUUCAUGGAUAACAAGUUCUAUGUGAUUGGCGGAAUGAGUAGCCCUACAGAAUUGCUAACAUGUGGGGAAGAAUACGAUAUCGAGAAUCACACCUGGAGAAUCAUUCCCAAUAUGUCUCAGGGGCUGAACGGCCCUAGCGGGGCACCUCCGCUCGUUGCAGUAGUUAAUGAUGAAUUAUACGCAGCUGAUUAUGCAGAAAAGGAGGUUAGGAAGUAUGACAAGCAAAAUAACUCUUGGAUAACCUUGGGCAAAUUGCCCGAGAGGCCCGAUUCGGUGAAUGGUUGGGGGCUAGCUUUCCGAGCUUGCGGUGAACGUCUUAUCGUAAUCGGUGGACCUAGGAUGCUCGGGGGUGGAAUGAUCGAACUCAACUCAUGGACUCCAAGAGAUGGACCUCCGGUCUGGAACAUGAUUGCCAGCAAGCAUUGUGGGAGUUUUGUGUACAAUUGUGCUGUCAUGGGGUGCUGAAUUGUAUCGGAAAACUCGUUUCAUGUGCUGCUCAGUUAAGGCGGAUAUGCAAGAUCGGUUGAAGGGCAUUCGAUACUGAUUUUGCCAGGGUAAAUACCGAUAUCUUCCUUCCUGAAAUUUCAGAUUUUACUUAUGUAGCCACCUUCGCCUCUCGUCCCUGAUUGUGAUUUACAACCGAUUACUUUUAACCCCUUUCGAGUUGCCAUUCAGCAUGAGAAUUUUCUAGAGGAUCGUGCAGUAUCGGCGCACAUAAUAACUCGAUGUAGCUGCAUAUUCCUAGGCUUCCCUGAAAGUUAUCAUCUUCGUUAGAUUCAAUUGUGUUACCAUUCUGCCAUUUCAUUGUUACCUCGACCAUGAGGAAAUAAAACUGUUCCAUCACUUUCUUGUAUUCUUUUACCAACUUAAUCAUUGUUUGAAUCAAUCUCAUCUCACAUUUUCUAGGUUA